AUGGUACUGGCAAAGAGGCGGGCGGGAGUGUUUGCUAGGUGUACGAAGAGCUUUCCGGACUUGCUUCCUGCGGGGGCGGUGGGGGUGGUAGGAAAGGGGGGAGAGAAGGGAAAAGUGAGCAGGAGGGAGGUGGUGGCAUGGUUGGGGAGGAGUGUGCUUGUUUUCCGGCGCCGGGGUGAGAAGGGGGGAGUGGAGCUGGUGGUGUGUUGGAGGAUCAGUGUGGACGAGGUGGGGGAGGCAGAGAGCGAGUUGAGUGCGGAUGUGAGGUUUCCGGGGUGUUGGAAAGACGCAGAUGACCGCGGCAGCCUCAGGAAGGUUGGCGAAGUGUUUACAGCGCUCGUCAAGGACCGCGGCGUGUUUGAGGCCGUGAGGUGCGUGGUGGGGUUGGUCUUUCAGUAA